AUGCCACGAAAAGACUUCUUGAGGGAUUUUGAGGCGGCUGCCAUCCCUGGCACCUUCUCCAGCAUAACAGAUGUUAAGGCUGGGGAAUAUGAAGGAUCGGUCUCCUUUAUGUUCAAAUCACCUGGGACAAACCUUGAGCUUGAGUUCCAGGUCAUAUUAUCCGAUUCUCAUGAUUACCCAAAAGAUCACAGCUACCUGAUCUUUUCGACGUCCGAAGAUUGUCCCAAGGCUGUCACCUCAGCCGUUGAGAACUGUGUCUCUUUCUUCACAGGAUCAACGAUCCAUGACAUGCUGGGUAGCAUUGAGAAUGUCAUUACCGAUACCAUCGUUGACCCCAAUGACACAUCCAGUCUGCUAGAUGAUGGAUUGGGUUUCAGCGACGAGGACCUGGUCUCUGGAUAUGGCGACUCAGACUGGGAAGAUCAAGAAGCCGGCGACUUUCUUCCCGUGGGCAUUGAAAGUGAGCAGAUGAUACGUGAGAAGAUUCGCCGGGACUUGCUUGCUGCCAAGAAUGCGGGAUUCAAGGUGGGACACCUGGGCUCACUACACGGGGAUAUCAUCGUUUCUGUCUCCUGUCGCAUUGCCAAACUGGGAAUUUCCGAGGAGGCUAUGGAUGCAUGGAACGUCCGUCCCUCGGAGUACCUGGUAUUACUGAUUCGUUACCGGCCAACCUACCUGGAUCUCGAAACAAUCUUCGAGGCGGAGCGCGAGUCAAAACCUACCUUCGUUCAGAUGCACGUUGGACUUUGUGAUUCAUACAAACCGUCUCUGGAGUAUGCUGUGGAGUCCAUUGAAAGCACACAUGCUCAAACGGCCAAGCACACGAACCCCGAUUCACACAAUAUACUAGCAGGCCACCCUAUGAGGCCGCUGUUCAUCGGAAGAUCAAUCAACUCGCUUCUCAAAGAACGACUUCUGAAGAUAAUCGGACUUCGGGUGCAGCAUGGACUUUCAUGGACGGGAGCCGAACUAUACUUCCACACCAACCAAGGCAAAAUCCUCGUUGACUUCGAUACCAUUUCAGAUGAAUAUCGUCAGCCGGACAGCUGGGCUACUUCGACGCCAACAUUUCUUGCGGCUGAUCAUAUGGUUGAGAUCGAUCAGAAUAUGAAUGUCCUAUCUUUGCCUCUUCUUGCCAUGCAGUUUACCCUGCGCCAUUUUGUUAAAUGCACAGAGUUUUGCCUUGUCUGCCAUUGCAAGACCGGUGAUACUUUCGAGGCACUCAAGCCGUAUGUUUGCUCAAGUGGUCUGUGCUUGUAUCAAUACAUGGCAAUGGACAUGGGUCCAGGUCUGGAAUAUGAGAUCUGCUCGCAGCCCUUUGUCGUCGACUUGCUGAUCAGCCUGGCAUACGCCCGAGCUACAUCGAUGCUUCUUGAAGAUUUCCCAACCGGUCUUGCGCUUCGAGUUCCCGCCGAAAUGCUUUCGAGAAAGGACCCCAAAUCCGGUCCGUUGCUUGUCGGGCGAUUGACUGCAUCAAAGCUUGACCUUUGCACAGACAAACCACCUCAGGUAAAAGUAGGUGAUUGGAUUGCCAUCGUUCGCCCCGAGGCCUCUACUGAUAAGGAUCUAUGGAGGGAAAACUGGCAUUGCCGUGUUGACCAAGUCGGCGAAUCUUCGAACCAUAUUCGAAUUUCGCUACCAAUCGCCCUCGGUCGUCAGAUUCAGGCAACAGACCUGAUAGAUCAGCCGAAAAAGGUGAAUUUCGUGAUCUAUAACACAAAUUUUGAUGAUUUGCCAGCCCCACAAAAGCAAACUAUGAUCUCCGUAUUGUUGAGCUCGCUUCCAGAAAUCGAGGACAUGAAGGCGUUUAUCGGCGAGUAUGGAAAAGAAAGGUCUCUCUCUUCAUGGAAAGAAAUGAUUUCUCCCGCUGCAUUGGAUCUGUUACGAUGGAUCGUUGCAUCGAAUCGAUCGUUCAUUAGAAUGGACAACAAGGAGACUCGUCACCAAGUGCGCGGCAUGGACGACUAUGUCCAGUUUCGACUUGUGCAGGGUGCCGCCGACAAGGAGCAGCGAUUUGUGGAUGCUGUCAAUUCCGUAUCCAUGAAAACCAAACCCAAGCACCCGACGCUCUUCGCUUGGCAUGGGAGCCCUGUGCAUAACUGGCACAGUAUCCUCCGCGAAGGUCUUCAUUUCAAACGAGUGAUCAACGGCCGUUCCUGUGGCAAUGGAGUCUACAUGUCCAAUACCUUCCACACUUCGUUGGGAUACACCAAUCGCCAUACUUCUGGCACUUGGCCCCAGAAUCGAAUGGACAUCACGACAGUGGUUUCGUUGAACGAAGUAGUCAAUUCUCCCAUCGACUUCGUGUGUCAAACUCCACACUACGUCGUGCGAAAUUUGGACUGGAUCCAACCAAGAUACCUUUUCGUCAAGCUCAUCAGCCCCUCCGAGGGUUCGACGUCAACAUCCAAGCCAUCAAACACCAACCAAGAUGGAAGUUUCAUUUACAAACAGGAUCCUUCUUGUCGUGUUUAUGGCCCCGAUGGAACACCCAUCAGGAUACCAAUAUCGGCACUAAGCGGCCAGCGUGGUCGAACUCUUCAUGUUGCGACAGAAAAGCCAAGUACGCCUGUGGUUAUUGACUUUGCUGCACCACCCAAAAGGCGCAAAUUCUUACUCGGACACACUCAAAAUCACCCCAUGGACGUUGAUGACAACGAUAAUAACGAUAAUAAUGACAAUAAUGACAAUAAUGACACCAACAAGAGUUAUAACAACGACAACGAUGAUAAUGACAGCAUCGAAACCGAUAUAGAAGAUAUCACAAUCCUUCUCUCAGACAACGAAAUGCAAGAUACACCAACAGGAAGCUCACAAGCAAGCUCCACCCCCGUUGAUCCCAAGACUGAUUUCCGACCUGGAACCCUGACGGAGGAAACAUUGUCUCUGCUCAACCCACCACAGUAUGCCACCAUGCCAGCGACAAAGAUGCUCCAGCAGCAUCUCAACGCAACCAUCAAAGUCCAGAAACAAGUCCCACUCAGCGAACUGGGCUGGUACGUCGAUGUCAACCUGAUUACAACAGUCUACCAAUGGAUCGUGGAACUACAUACCUUCGACCCAAGGCUCCCACUCGCAAAGGAUCUCAAAGCCGCCAACUUGAAAAGCAUUGUCCUCGAGCUUCGAUUCCCUCCCCAAUUCCCAAUGGACCCGCCAUUUGUGCGGGUCAUCCGUCCUCGCUUCCUUGAGUUUGCUGCUGGCGGUGGCGGACACGUUACGGCCGGCGGCGCGAUGUGCAUGGAGCUCCUCACUCAUUCUGGCUGGUUGCCUUCUGCUUCGAUUGAGAGUGUCCUGCUGCAGGUUCGCAUGGCUCUUACUGCCACUGACCCCAGACCUGCUCGUUUGCUACCUGGUUCUUCCAAGACUGACUACUCGGUUGGUGAAGCAGUGGCUGCUUACACUAGAGCUUGCCGCGCGCAUGGAUGGAAGGUCUCAAGUGACCUUAAGCGGAUUGCUUGGUGA